CUUAUUUGUUACUGCAACUUCAAGUCCCGAACAACUCCAGGAAACGACGUCACAGUGUACAGGGAUCAAUCUGCACGGAAACUCAAAGCCGGCCUAUCAUGGGCGACUUCGGUGAUCCUUUGUAGCAAGUAUCCGCAUUAACCCCUUGACUUGACUUGCGUGUUGCUUCAUUCUUGACGAUUGCAUUACAGCCAAGCCCUCACUUAUUGUUUACGUACCGCCAUAUGAUCGCUUUUGUCCAAGAUCUAACCUGACCCUACCUUAGGUACAGAACGCGGUGCGGUAUCAGUGGAGACGUUAGUGGUGUACUGUACCUUUUUUUGGGGGUUCAACGGGGCUGCCGCGACGAUUUCCUCAUCCCACAGUCCAAAGAGUCCACUCACUCCAAAAGGAUCUUGACACUACCUACCUUACCGCUACGGGCCUUGACACCCAAUUGGGACCCUCGAACCACAUGCCUUCCGUCACCGGGACACACUCCAUCUUUUCAAAUACUUGUUGGUCGAUAAUAGGAAAAAUCUAACCUACCUACCAACCUACUAGCCUAACUCACUCGGUGGUUCAACCUUCAAGUCGCAACCAUUCCCUCACCACCGCCCCACGACGAUCCCUCCUCUCUUCCCGGCGUUGCACUCACCACGUUUCAAACUCGCAUCAACGACGCCUACCCGAGACGAGGAGGGAGUGCUGCUGCCUCCCUGUUAGACGGCCCAGUCUCGGUACCACAGUAUCAGCACCAGCACCAACGCGAUAGCAGUGCAAAUACGAGCACCAGCGCCCACCAGAGCGAGCAGUUCGAACUCGUCGAUUAUCCUCCCAUCCAGGCUCGUCGAGACGCCCAAGAUCGUGAAGCAAGAAGACAGGCCAAGCGAGACGAUAAGCGCCGCUGGCUAGAAGAACAAGACGAGAUGAAGUUCUCUCACAGUAUUCAGUUCAAUGCUGUUCCAGAUUGGAGCAGCCAUUACAUUGCAUACAGCAAUCUCAAGAAGCUAAUCUACAGCCUCGAAAAGACCGCACAUCAGGCACGCGGAACCACUGGCGAUGCCGAAUCUCGACCUCUUAUAAACCAAGAAGAUGCUGAAGAGGUCUUCUCUCGAGCUCUUGGUGUCGAGCUGGAAAAAAUAUGCUCAUUCUACGUCGCCAAAGAGGGCGAGCUGCUCGAAGAAGCGGCGCAACUGCUACGCGACGUUGGCGAUGAGGCCGAAGAUGCCAUUGCCGAUAACCGUUACCUUCGCAGGCUCUCUGUUUCAUCAGCCCACCGUCCUGAUGGUCGCAACGGCUUCCGCUCAAGAAGCCCUCGGAGCCGCAGCACCGACAAUGAAGAGAGCGCGAGCGAGGAGGAAGAUGAGACUACUGGACUUACAACAAGGCGACGGAGCAGCGGAGGCCGCAGGCGCACACUUCCCAACAUCCAUAAGCCGCGUUCUGAAGAUCUGAACGCUUCCUCCGAGUUCGGUCGCGAUAUGAGGAGGCACAGCACCACAGCCGACGAAAACGAUGACCAAGCUCUCAUGUUCUCUUCCGGCAUGUUUUCGUCUGGUAUCAUGCUCAAGAAGCGCAUUAUCGGCCUCUAUGUGUCACUCUGCGAACUCAAGUCGUUUAUCCAGCUUAACCGUACCGGUUUUGCCAAGGUGCUCAAGAAAUUUGACAAGAUCCUUGAUAAGGAACUCAAGGGACCCUAUCUACGAGCCCAUGUCGAGACAGCCUACCCCUUUAAAGACGAGACGAAGCGUGUUCUCGAAGACAACAUUACCAAGAUGGAGAAGGCUUAUGCUGAGAUAGUCACUGGCGGAGAUGAGGAGCUCGCUCGCAAAGACCUUCGUUCGCAUCUCAGAGAACAUGUUGUUUGGGAGCGCAACACCGUGUGGCGAGAUCUUAUUGGUAUCGAGCGCAGAGCUGAAGCUGCAGGCUUGGGACAAGCACUUCUCGGACAAGAAAGAGGGAAUGUCACAAGGAGGCUGCAAGGCGACGAGGCCAAAGCCCCCCGAGAGACCCAGUUCCGCACACCCUUUGGCAAGAUUACCUUGCCUCCAUGGCUCGCUAGCUCGUCUCUUUGGACACUGGUUGCCUGUCUUACUGUGUUCUUCCUAUUGCUUCUGCUCCCCAUCAUGGAGAAGCCCGAGCAACAGAACUGUCUGGCAAUGCUUGUCUUUGUUAGUCUGUUAUGGGCCACCGAGACCAUCCCCCUUUUUGUGACAUCAUUACUUAUCCCGUUCCUCUCUGUUGUCUUGAACGUUGUUCGUGAUGAGACACCAGGCAAGCCUCAAAAACGUCUCGACUCCAAGGCAGCCACAUCUGCCAUCUUUGCUGCCAUGUGGACGCCUGUCAUCAUGCUUCUUCUCGGUGGUUUUACUCUAGCAGCUGCUUUGUCCAAGUGUACUAUUGACAAGCGACUGGCGACUCUUGUUCUUAGCAAGGCCGGCACUCAACCCAAGACUGUGUUGAUUGCCAACAUGUUUGUAGCUGCAUUUGCGUCUAUGUUGAUUAGCAAUGUCGCAGCUCCUGUUCUAUGCUAUUCUAUCAUUGAGCCAAUGCUGCGAACAUUGCCCUCUGAUUCCAACAUGUCGAAAGCUGUUAUUAUUGGUAUCGCGCUCGCUUCCAAUAUUGGUGGGAUGCUCUCACCCAUCGCUUCUCCUCAGAACGUCGUGGCAAUGGGCAUCAUGCAACCCGCGCCCACGUGGCUGCAGUGGUUCUUCAUUGUCAUUCCUGUUGGCGCUCUCUCGAUUGUUCUGAUCUGGCUCCUCCUCCUGGUUACCUUCCAGCCAGGCAAGGGUACCACGAUCGCCCCUAUUCGGCCUGUCAAGGAGAAGUUCACUGGGCUCCAAUGGUUCGUUACUAUCGUCACCAUUUCUACCAUUGCUUUGUGGUGUGCCAGCCACCAGCUAGAGGCCGAGUUUGGAGACAUGGGUGUUAUUGCUAUCAUUCCCAUCGUGCUGUUCUUCGGUAUCGGCUUGCUAACCAAAGAGGACUUCAACAAUUUCCCUUGGACCAUCAUCAUCCUUGCAGCCGGUGGUUUGUCUCUGGGCAAAGCUGUACGCUCAUCUGGUCUGCUACAUACCCUCGCUGAGAUCGUCUCUGAGAAGGUGGAGGGCAUGAGCCUGUACGGUGUCCUGGUUGUUUUCUCGACUCUGAUCUUGGUUAUCGCAACAUUCAUCAGCCACACAGUCGCUGCCCUUAUCUUCCUGCCUCUUGUCUUUGACGUUGGUGUUGCUAUGGACCAGCCUCACCCCAACCUGCUUGUCAUGGGUGGAGUGCUCAUGUGUAGUGCAGCCAUGGGUCUGCCAACCAGUGGAUUCCCCAACAUGACUGCUAUCAUGAAGGAAGACCCGUUCGGUCAGCGUUAUUUACAGGUCAAGCAUUUCAUUAGCCGCGGUGUGCCCAGCAGUCUUAUUACUCUUGUUGUGGUCGUGACUCUUGGUUAUGGAAUCAUGCAAGUCGCGGGACUUGACUAAACUAAGGGUGUUGAUAUAUGUGUUGCUGUUUUUGGUGUUGGAAAUUGGGUGUUAUUUUACAUCGGUUCUGUCAGGUGCAUUGCCAUGUUCAUGAGUGUAGAUCAAGCGCCGGGAUUCAUAGACUGGAAGCUAUUUUUAUUUUUAUUUUUUUGUCUAUUGAAUAAGAAGUGCUGCGAAUAAAUGUUGUUAUAUAGCAUUUCCAUCCAAUAUAGCUGUUAGUGCGGGU